AUGGAGGACGCUAAAAAAUUAGCCACGGAACUUUGGAAUUUGGCACUCGACAAAGGAAAGAAGUGUUACUAUCUGCGUGAUAAUCUAAGGUCGCUCGAAACGAAGUUGCAAAGAUUAAGCAACAGGAAAAUUGACUUCCAGUCGAAAAUGAAAAUUGCAGAAAGAUCAGGUACUAAGAAAAGGAAAAGGGAGGUUGACAAUUGGUUUGAGGAGGUAGCAAAAAUAGAGAAUGAAUUCGUUGCAUUGAAAACGAGUAUAGAACAGAGUAAUCUUUUUAAAAAUGCAAUUAGCAGUGGGGAUAGAGUGGCGAAAAUGGAUGCAAUUGUAGAAGAACUUAUUGAGCAAAGUAAGCAUUUUGAUGGGCUUUUGCUUGAGGCUUUUGGCCACAGAGGAGAACCACGAGUGACAACAAAAUUAUUUGGAGAAAAGUUUGACAGAGGUUUGAAAGAUAUCUGGGCGUGGUUGGUCAUCGAUGGCAUCUCAAACAUUGGGAUUUACGGGAUGGGCGGUGCGGGUAAGACUACAUUGGCGAAACACAUCCAUAAUCAUCUCCUUGAGAAAACUCAAUUCAGGGUUUAUUGGAUUACUGUCUCUCAAGAAUUCAGCAUCAAAAGGCUGCAGGAUGACAUUGCUAAAUGGCUAAGGCUUGAUCUGUCAGAUGAGGAUGAUGAGGAUAGCAGGGCAGCCAUUUUGUCUAGGGAAUUGGUGAAGCAGUCUGUCCUCAUACUCGAUGACGUUUGGCAAGAAUUUUCUUUCGAAAAGAUUGGAAUUCCUCUUGGUGCAAACAAAUGCAGAGUGAUCUUGACUACUCGGUCACUAGAAUUAUGCAACAGGAUUAGGUGUCAAAGGGUAUUUGAAGCUAAAACUUUGGCUACAAAUGAAUCUUGGGAUUUGUUCAAACAUACACUUGACACUAAGACAGUGCUUGAUGGAGAUGUGGAAGUUAUUGCCAAGUCCGUUGCGAAAAGGUGUUCUGGUUUGCCUCUUGGUAUUGUCACAGUGGCUGGGAGCAUGAGAGGUGUGAGCGAUAUCUGUGAGUGGAGAAAUGGAUUGGAACAAUUGAAAGCAUGUUCGGUAGGGCAUGAGGAGAUGGAACGAGAUGUGUUUCCCAUCCUGGAAUGGAGUUUCAAUCGUUUGAAUGAAUGUCAAAGGAAUUGCUUCUUGUAUUGCUCUCUUUUUCCGGAAGAUAGUGAUACAAAAAGAAAGGAACUAAUAGACCUGCUUAUUGGGGCAGAGCUGAUGUCAAAACGGGAAUCAUGGUCAAAAGCAUUUGAUGAAGGUCAAACGAUAUUAAACAAGCUGAUAAAAGUUUGCUUGCUGGAAGAAACUAAAGAUUUCAUAGGGAAUGACUGUGUGAAGAUGCAUGACUUGGUCAGAGAUAUGGCAUUAAGGAUCACGCGUGGAAACUCCAAACCAAAGAGGAGGAGACAUGUACCACAAUUCUUGGUGAAAAGCUUCGGACAGGAAGAUUCAAAAGUAACAACACUGGAACAAGAAGAGUGGACACAAGAUCUCCGUGCAGUUUCCUUCUAUUCACAAAAUUUCAAAGGAAUAGAAAUUCCACCAGCCUGGUCACCAAAUUGUCCUAAGCUAUCAACCUUGCGUCUUUCCCGGCUUUCCAUUAAAGAAAUCCCAGAUUCAUUCUUUCGGCACAUGUGUGGACUUAAAGUUUUGAAUCUAUCUCGGUGCGAAGGUAUAACAGAGCUGCCUAAUUCUGUUUCAGACUCGGUGAAUCUCACUGCUUUGAUUUUGCGGGGUUGUCGAGGCCUCAUGUCUGUGCCACCACUGGGAAAGCUCAAGCAAUUGAGGGAUUUGGAUCUAUCGUGGACUGGCAUUCGGGAUUUACCUCAAGGUUGGGAGUCACUGGUCAAUCUCGAAAGACUUAACUUAAACCAGUGUCUGAUUUUAAGACGAAAGAUAAUGCCAAAAGGGACGUUUUCCCAAUUGCACCAUCUUCAAGUGCUAGUAUUGCCACCCUAUGGUAGGGUACAAGUUAUUGAUCCAGAAGUGCUGAACCAAUUGGAAAGUUUUGAAGGAUGUUUGUCUUUCACGGACUUCUAUAAAAUUACUCGGUGGCCAAAAUACUAUAAUGUUUAUAUCAAUGACAUCUUAACUAAUGAUGGGUACAGUGAUUGUGGGGACCAGAAACAACUGUAUUUCCAUCAGUGUAAGCUUGGUAGAGGAUCGAACUAUCUGCCAGAUGAUAUGAAACAUCUGAUAAUCGAGGAUUGUGAGGGCAUGGGCAUUAGGUGCUUGUCAGAUGUUUUUAAGAAUUUUAUAAAUUUAAGUGACUUAUCCAGAUUGUAUAUUAAGGAUUUGGUUGGAAUAGAGAUCCUCUUGCACUUGUCCUCUGCUUCUCCACGUGAUCAGUUGGGAGUCUCAUCUUUUAGUCCACUCCUUGAUCUUGAAGUGCUACGCCUCUACAGGUUGCCAAAUCUGGUUGGUUUUUUUUACGAGGAAUCAGAGCCAUAUUUGCUUCUAGGUGGCACCUUUUCGUCCCUUAAAAUAUUGUGGAUUUCUAGAUGUCACAACAUGAAGCAGCUAUUCACAGUGCAAUUGCUGCAGAACCUUCAAAAUCUUGAAAAGUUAAUAGUUGGAGGUUGUGAAGAACUGGAGGAGAUAGCAGCAGAUGGCAAUGGAGUAGGACAAGGAGGCGGAGAAGGCAUCCAAUUCACUUCAAGUGGAGCCACUGCCAAUGUCACCCUUCCGAAAUUAGGGUGGUUGCGUCUGACUAGGCUGCCACAACUGAAGAGCAUUUGCAAGGCACCCAUGAUCUGCGAUUCAAUCACGAAGAUUGAAAUAUUCGGUUGUCCAAAGGUAAAGAGGCUGCCUUUGUUUCUUCCUACCAUCAACGGACAACCAUCUCUUCCCAGCACUCUUCGUAAAAUCAAGGGUGAUAAAGAAUGGUGGGAAUCGUUAGAGUGGGACAAUCCUUGUGCCAAAAAUGCCCUUGACCCAUUUUUUACCACACUGGUGUGGGAUAAUUGA